CAUCCUGCCACCACCUACCUGUACUUUAUUUCCACCGCAGACGAUAAGUACGACUAUCAGCACCAAUCGACAAUAUAGCGGCCAUGGCUAGCAUCCUAGCCGCACGAGAUCAAGAAAACCUCAUCCAUGCGCAGCAGACUACGGCCGCUGGGAAGCCGUUGAACCAAAGCACGCGGAUCCUACAUCCAAAGACACCAGGAAAUCUGAAGACUCCUUUUCGACUGGCGAAGAACGACGAAAAUCUACUCCCCCAUCUCAAUGGACCGAAGGCUCUGGAUAAGGAUGGACCAAGCAAGUUAGACAAGACCACAUUCGUUACACCUCUGAUUCCACGCAAUCGAGCGCCCCUUGGAAUCAAGACAACCAACGCGAAAGCUCAAGCUUUUCAGACACCUGCUCCCGCUCCUUUGACGACAAAGCGGCUUGGAACUGGGCAGAAGCAUUCCGCAGCUCGUCGCUCAGGCAGGUCUAAGAUCGCAGUCGCUCCUUCUGAACCAGUCGACAGUGACUUGGUGAAAAGACCCACGCAAGACCAAGAGCCAGAUUUCGGAUACGCACCACCGCCACCAGUAGAGCUACCGGAUCCUCCAAUUGAGUUCGAAGAAGAUGUACUACUUACUGAGGAGCUUCGAGCCGGCUACGGAGUGGUAUACGCGUAUGAUUCUCCCAACAAUGAGAACGGAGUGUCUAUGCGUCUUAAAAAGGAAGAAGAAGAGUGGAAGAGAUUCGAUGCGGACCGUAUGAACAAAAGCCUCAAGGACAUGUCCGAACCAGUCUUUCUUGCACCCAGCGAACUAGAUGCACGUGUCGACGGCAUGAUUGCAGCAGGACCAAAGAAGAAGCGACCAGAGCUCUCCAGGGUAGACACCAUGCAAGCGAAGUCUGCUGCUGCUGCGCUCUCUGGCUCACGGCCGAACUUGCCUGCUGCUACGAGGAAAACUACUCAGACGUCAGAGCAGAAGAAGAAAGCAGUUCUUCCCAUCACGAAAGGCAGGCCACCGACCCUACCCCACCACUUGUCAUCAUCUCGCACCACUCAUACUGCCGUGUCUAAAAAUACAAUUGGAUUUCCCAAAGCAAAGAAGGCCCCCUCCAUCAUUCCGAGGAGCGCUGAGACCGAGAGAAGCGGAAUCGCCUCGAAGCCCAUCAAAAUCUCGCAAGUAUCAAUCCAUCCACGCGAUUUCCGCGAUUUAUACGGCUCACCCCCCGAGGAAAGCGAUAUGUGGUUCAGACUCAAGCAGUACGAGUUGCUGGAGCAAGAUAUGGCUCAGGAUGAGGGCGAUGAUCUCACUAAUGACCUCUUCGAAACCGACUUCUUUCCCUUUGGAAACGCAAAGCUCGACAAUGAAGACUUCCAACUACCCAUACCUGAGUGAACACGAUGCUCCACCGGUCCUUGUCACGGGCACAGGGUAUACUACUUUGCUGGGGUCUUUUACGACACUCGAUGAUUCAUGAUAUUGAUACCCUUUGAUAGAUAUUGCCAAAAAGAAAAUGGAGUGGUCAGCGCACGGACAUCUGAUUAUGGACGUCGGCCACGCAUGAGCGAAGAACCCGAUUGGCACUGUGUAUGGUGGUUGGUCUGUACAGAGAGUGCUUUUGAAACUAUUUAAUCUUGGAGACGGGCUUUUGUUGCUUGGGCAAACGUAGUUCUACUGUA